CGUCUCCCACCUCGCCUUCGCCCCCCUUCCAAUUUGUUUUUGUCCCGAUUUCCUCCCGAUUCUAUCCCGCCGUACAGGAACAGACUACUGCCCCCCUUCCUCUUCCUUCCUCGACGCGACUGCGCGGCGCGGCCAUGGCGGACGCGCCGGUUGAGCUGCCGGGCAGGCUCGCCAUACUGCCGUUCCGCAACAAGGUGCUCCUCCCCGGCGCCAUCGUGCGGAUCCGCUGCACCAACCCCAGCAGUGUCAAGCUGGUGGAACAGGAGCUCUGGCAGCGAGAGGAUAAGGGUUUGAUCGGGGUACUUCCAGUGCGAGAUUCAGAGGCAGCGUCUGUUGGUUCGAUUCUGUCUCCUGGCGUGGGCGGUGAUUCAGGUGAAGGAGGCAGCAAGUCGCCUGGUGGUUCUGGGGGAGAGUCAACCAAACAGGAUGCAAAGAAUGGGAAGGAGCCAAUUCACUGGCACAACCGGGGAGUUGCUGCUAGAGCUCUGCACCUUUCUAGAGGGGUGGAGAAACCAAGUGGAAGGGUUACGUACACUGUUGUUCUUGAAGGUUUAUGUAGGUUCAGUGUUCAAGAACUCAAUGCAAGAGGGUCAUACCAUGUCGCUCGUGUUUCACGCCUUGACAUGACAAAGACUGAGUUGGAGCAGGCAGAGCAAGACCCAGAUCUGAUCGCUCUUUCCCGGCAAUUUAAAGCAACUGCCAUGGAACUAAUUUCCGUCCUAGAGCAGAAGCAGAAGACGGUUGGUAGGACUAAGGUUCUGCUUGAGACAGUUCCUAUAUACAGACUAGCUGAUAUUUUUGUUGCUAGCUUUGAAAUAAGCUUUGAAGAGCAGCUCUCUAUGCUGGAUUCAGUUGAUUUGAAAGUCAGGCUUUCCAAGGCAACCGAACUUGUAGACAGACACCUCCAGGUUUUCCCUUGUGAUGGACAGUCAAUUCUUGUAGCUGAGAAAAUAACACAAAAGGUUGAGGGGCAGCUGUCAAAGUCCCAAAAGGAAUUUCUGUUGCGCCAGCAGAUGAGGGCUAUCAAAGAGGAACUUGGUGAUAAUGACGACGAUGAAGAUGACGUAGCUGCAUUGGAAAGGAAGAUGCAGAAUGCAGGGAUGCCGGCUAAUAUUUGGAAGCAUGCCCAAAGGGAGUUGAGGCGCUUGCGGAAGAUGCAACCUCAGCAACCUGGAUAUAGUAGCUCUCGAGCUUAUUUGGAACUACUUGCUGACCUUCCUUGGCAAAAAGUCAGUGAAGAAAUGGAACUUGACCUCAGAGCAGCAAAGGAGAGUCUUGAUCAUGAUCAUUACGGGCUGACCAAAGUUAAGCAGAGGAUUAUUGAGUAUUUGGCUGUUCGUAAGCUCAAACCUGAUGCCAGAGGUCCAGUGUUGUGUUUUGUGGGACCACCUGGUGUUGGAAAGACGUCAUUGGCUUCAUCCAUAGCGAAGGCCCUAAAUAGGAAGUUUAUAAGGAUCUCUCUUGGUGGUGUAAAGGACGAGGCUGAUAUUAGAGGCCAUCGAAGAACAUACAUUGGAAGCAUGCCAGGGCGCCUCAUUGAUGGACUAAAGAGAGUAUCUGUCAGCAACCCAGUGAUGCUUCUUGACGAAAUUGACAAGACUGGUUCUGAUGUACGUGGUGAUCCGGCAUCAGCACUUCUAGAAGUUCUUGACCCUGAGCAGAAUAGAACAUUCAAUGAUCACUAUUUGAAUGUUCCAUUUGACCUGUCAAAAGUUGUAUUUGUCGCAACUGCCAACAGGAUGCAACCUAUCCCUCCCGCUCUGUUAGAUAGGAUGGAAGUCAUUGAGCUACCAGGCUACACGCCUGAAGAGAAGCUAAAAAUAGCCAUGAAACAUCUCAUACCGAGGGUAUUGGAACAACAUGGCCUGAGCACCGCAUAUCUUCAGAUUCCUGAGGCUGUAGUCAAACUUAUCAUUGAGAGAUACACUCGAGAAGCUGGUGUGCGUAAUCUUGAACGGAACCUAGCUGCAUUGGCCCGUGCAGCUGCUGUCAAGGUUGCAGAGCUAGGUAGCACGCUUAGACUUGGCAAGGAAAUACAGCCAAUAACUACAACUCUACUGGACUCGAGGCUCGCUGAUGGUGGUGAAGUUGAAAUGGAAGUUAUUCCUAUGGGCCAGGACAUAUCCAAUGCAUAUGUAAAUCCAUCACCCAUGAUUGUUGAUGAGGCUAUGCUGGAAAAAGUGCUUGGGCCUCCUAGGUUUGACGAUAGAGAAGCCGCGGAUCGUGUGGCAUCUCCAGGAGUUUCAGUUGGGCUUGUCUGGACUUCAUUUGGUGGGGAAGUUCAGUUUGUAGAGGCUACAGCCAUGGUGGGCAAGGGUGAUUUGCAUCUUACCGGACAGCUCGGCGAUGUAAUUAAGGAGUCAGCACAGUUAGCUCUGACAUGGGUGAGAGCAAGGGCUGCUGAUUUGAAACUGUCACCGACUUCUGAUAUUAACUUACUGGAGAGCCGUGAUAUUCAUAUUCAUUUUCCUGCUGGUGCUGUGCCUAAGGAUGGUCCUUCUGCGGGGGUGACACUGGUAACUUCGUUGGUGUCAUUGUUUAGUGACCGAAAAGUUAGAGCAGACACUGCGAUGACUGGAGAAAUGACUCUUAGGGGCCUAGUGUUGCCAGUUGGUGGUGUUAAGGAUAAGGUACUUGCAGCACAUCGAUAUGGCAUCAAGAGAGUAAUAUUACCAGAAAGAAACUUAAAGGACUUGUCUGAGAUUCCAGCACCCAUCCUCGCGGGAAUUGAGAUUCUGCUGGUGAAGCGCAUUGAGGAAGUACUUGACCAUGCUUUCGAAAGUGGAUUCCCUUUGCGACCACGCUCCAGUUUAUAGCACCGGAAAAUUCGGAAGGCGUUUGAUGUGAUAUUCUCUUAUUGGUUAUGUACCUGCCAUUGAAGCUCAGAUAUCCAUGAACCAGCAAUGUCCCGUUGGAGCUUGUCUCCGGCUAGUGCCUGCGCGUCCAACUCGGUUAGGCUAAUAUUCUGCCUAUGUACACAGACGUGGGAAGCCCACAAAAGCGGAAGGGAGGUCCCCUCUGAUCUUUGUGCUUAUAUUUAUAGAGAUGCUGAUCUGUGCCCAGUUUGGUAUAGAAGCGAGGAGGUCCACCGGCUGUUCUCUCUCUUGUUGGUUUGGGUGUAUAUGUAAAUCUUUUCGGGGGGAAAUUUGCAGUAUCACUAAAUCAAACGUCAAUAGCACCUUCAAGGCUAUCUGUCAAUAUGAGUUAUCCUCCCUUCCAAGAAUUGGCCACUUUUGUGCCGUAAGAUAACACUUCGAUAUUUACGUCGAGAUAGACUUCCAAAUGUGAAUACGUUUGAGUUUAUUCA